AACACAUCUGCUCUGUAACAAGCUCUUCUGGCUUUUAACCCAUUAGCCAUCUGCACUGACCGCAGGGCCAGGGUUGUGUAAUGAAGUGUGUUCUCACCUAGCAAAGGGCUCAGACCACCAAGCCUUGAAUUUGGCUUGUUGAAUAAACAGUCACUUCACGAGAGAGGGAGUGAAUGAAUGAAUGCCCGGUCUGUGCUCACCUUUUGGCCUAGAGACUUCCAGGCUAGGUGUGGAGGGUUUCCCUCAAGGCCCUGGAUGGCUGGUAUCAGCCCCCUCUACUCUCUGGGCCGACCGGCAUUUCAAGGGAAGGGAAGCCUGCUGCCAAAUAUGAGAGGGUAAAGGCAAGAUAAGGAGUGGCGUCCGUCUCAGCCCAACCAUGGAGUCCUUUGCAGUCCAGAUGCUCAGAGCACCCACCUCUGAGCUUGACUUUCCAGCCAUGAACGGGCCCUGCAUAGCUCUCCUCCUGACCAUGGGUUUGGCUGCUUGUCUGGGUUUCAACCUGGAGACAGAAAACCCAAUGAGCUUUCAUAUGAGAAGUGCUGGGUUUGGAUACAGUGUGGUGCAAUAUGACAGUUCCUGGGUGGUGGUUGGAGCCCCCCGGGAGAUAAAAGCCACCAACCAAACAGGCGGCCUCUACCAGUGUGACUAUAUCACAGGCCAGUGCAAGUCCCUCCAGCUGCAGGUGCCCCCAGAGGCUGUGAACAUGUCCUUAGGUCUGUCCUUGGCAGCUGGCACCAACCCAUCCCAGCUCCUGGCCUGUGGCCCCACGGUGCAGAAGGCAUGCAGAGAGAACCUCCACUUGACCGGGUUCUGCUUCCUGCUGACUUCAUCUUUCCUGCAGAAACAAAGGCUCCCAGCUGCCCUGCAGGAGUGCCCCAAGCAAGAACAGGACAUUGUGUUCCUCAUCGAUGGCUCAGGAAGCAUCUCCCGUAAGAACUUCAACAAAAUGCUCUACUUCGUGAAGGCUGUGAUGAGCCAGUUUCGGGGAUCCAGUGCCCAGUUCUCCUUGGUGCAGUUCUCCAGCAGUGUCAAGAUACACUUCACCUUCCGUGACUUCGCCCGCAAUUCCAACCCUGAGAGCUUGAUGAAGUCUAUAUAUCAGCUAGACCAGUUCACCCACACUGCCACAGCCAUUGAUACAGUCAGAAAGAAUGUGUUCACUGCUGCAAAUGGAGCCCGCAAAGAUGCCACCAAGAUCCUCAUCGUUAUCACUGAUGGAUGGAAAGACGGGGACAAAAUGGAAUAUAAGGAUGUGAUCCCAAAGGCCGAGGAGGCGGGCAUCUUCCGCUAUGCCAUUGGGGUUGGAAAGGCUUUUGAAAAUGCACAUUCUCAGGCAGAAUUAAAAACCAUUGCCUCGAGUCCUCCCCAGGAGCACAUAUUUCAUGUGGAGAACUUCGAUGCGCUGAAGAUGAUUCAAAACAAGCUGAAAGAGAAGAUCUUCGCCAUUGAGGGUACAGAGAUGGGAAGUAGCAGUUCUUUCGAAUUGGAGAUGGCUCAGGAAGGCUUCAGUGCGGCCUUCACACCUGAUGGUCUGGUUCUGGGAGCUGUGGGGAGCUUUGGCUGGUCUGGGGGCGCCUUCCUGUACCCCCUUAGUGGGGCCCCCACCUUCAUCAAUGAGUCUCAGAAGAGUGUGGACAUGAGAGACUCCUACCUAGGUUACUCCAUGGAGCUGGCCCUGUGGAAGGGGACAUGGAGUCUGGUCAUGGGGGCCCCUCGGCACCAGCACACGGGGAAGGUUGUCAUGUUCACCCAGGAAGUGGGGCAAUGGCGGCCAAAUGCUGAGGUCCCCGGGACCCAGAUUGGCUCCUACUUUGGGGCCUCCCUGUGCUCCGUGGAUGUCAGCAGAGAUGGCAACACUGACCUGAUCCUCAUUGGGGCCCCGCAUUACUAUGAGCAGACGCGAGGGGGCCAGGUGUCCGUGUGUCCCAUGCCCAGAGGGAGGGCUCGGUGGCGGUGUGGGUCUGUUCUCCAUGGGGAGCAGGGCCAUCCCUGGGGCCGCUUUGGGGCAGCCCUGACAGUGCUGGGGGACAUGAAUGGGGACAAGCUGACAGACGUGGCUAUUGGAGCUCCAGGAGAGCAGGAGAACCGGGGUGCGGUCUACAUAUUUCACGGGACCUCAGGCCUGGACUUGGGCCCUGUACACAGCCAGAGGAUCCCAGCCUCCCAGCUCUCCUCCAGUCUCCAGUAUUUUGGGCAGUCACUAAGUGGGGGUCAGGACCUCACCCGGGAUGGACUGGUGGACCUGGCCGUGGGGUCCCAGGGCCAAGUACUGCUGCUCAGGAGCAGACCUGUCCUCCACGUGGCGGCAGACAUCCGAUUCUCAUCUGCAGAGAUCGCCAGGACUGUGUUUGAGUGUCAGGAGAAGGCGGCUUCUGUCCAGGCACUGGGCCAUGCCAAUGUCUGCCUUCAUAUUUCUGAAAAUUCUAAGCACCAACUAGGUAACCUUCUAAGCUCUGUGACCUUUGACCUGGCCCUGGAUCCUGGCCGGCCAAUUCCCCGGGCCAUCUUCAAGGACUCAAACACCCGGCUUCUGAGGUGGACUCAAGUCCUUGGCUUGAACCAGCAUUGUAAACAAGUGCAAUUACUCCUUCCGGACUGUGUGGAAGACGCCAUAACCCCCAUCACCUUGCGCCUCAACUUCUCCCUAGUGGGCCUGCCCAUCAGUUCCUUCAGAGACCUCAGUCCUGUGCUGGAUAAGGAGGCCCAGACCUACUUCACGGCCUAUCUCCCCUUUGAGAAGAACUGUGGAGCUGACCACAUCUGCCAAGAUGACCUUGAUGUCACCUUCAACUUCUCAGGCCUGGAGACCCUGGUGGUGGGGAACAACCUGGACCUGAAUGUCGAGGUGACAGUGUCCAACAAUGGCGAGGAUUCCUAUGGGACCACGGUCACCUUUGUCUACCCAGCAGGGCUUUCCUAUCGGCGAGUGACUGGCAGCCAGACCUCGCUGCAGCAGCGACCUCUCACCCUGACCUGUGACAGCGUCCAGACCAAGGACCAGCACCUGAGGAGCACCAGCUGCCGCCUCAGCCACGUGAUCUUCCACGGGGGCACAAAGAUUUCCUUCUUGGCUACUUUUGAUGUCUCCCCCAAAGCUGUGUUGGGCGACAGAGUACUUUUGACAGCCAAUGUGAGCAGUGACAACAACUCACCUGGGGCUAACAGGUCCUCCUUCCGGAGGGAGCUCCCUGUGAAGUACGCAGUCUACAUUGUGCUCAGCAGCCAGGAAGAGUCCACCAAAUACCUCAACUUCUCAGCCUCAGAGCAGGCGCAGAGCAGCAUGGUGCAGCAUGGAUACCAGGGGCAUAACCUGGGGCAGAGGGAUCUGCCCGUGAGGAUCGACUUCUGGGUGCCUGUGGAAGUGGGCGGAGCAGCUGUGUGGACGCAAGUGGAGCUCUUACACCCCCAGAACCCAUCCAUCCAGUGCUCUUCAGAGAGACUAGUUCCCGUGCAGUCUAACUUCCUGACUCGCAUGCAGGAAGAUCCUGUGCUGGACUGCUCCAUUGCAGAGUGUCUGAGGUUCCACUGUGACAUCCCUUCCUUCGGUAUCCAGGAGGAGCUGGACUUUGUCCUGCAGGGCAACCUCAGCUUUGGAUGGGUCAGCCAGACAUUGCAGAAGAAGGUGUUGGUCAUGUCGGUGGCUGAGAUCACGUUUGACACGUCUGUGUAUUCCCAGCUCCCAGGACAGGAGGUGUUUUUGAAGGCCCAGACGAAGACAGUGCUGGAGAAAUACGAAGUGCCCAACCCUAUUCCCUUUAUUGUGGGCAGUUCUGUGGGCGGGCUGCUGCUACUGGCUCUCAUCACAGCCAUCCUGUACAAGGUGGGCUUCUUCAAACGUCAGUACAAGGCCUUGAUGGAGGAAGCAAAUGGACAGCAAAAGGCUGCCUCAGAAAAUGGGGUAGCAGAGGCUAUCCCAGAAAAUGGGGUAGCAGAGGCUGCCUCAGAAAAUGGGGUAGCAGAGGCUAUCCCAGAAAAUGGGGUAGCAGACACGUAGUCUUCUCAGGGAGAAGCCACCCUCUUCUCCUUUGUACCUUCUCCCCUGAGAGCUUUUCUGGUCCUUUUCCUGUCACCUAAAUCAGGGAGGGAGCACUCCACCAGAGGAGCUGGGACUAGGCUGUGUCUGCUCUUUGGGAAGAUCCAUUGUCUUGUCAAAGGUGCAACUGGAGGCUUGGGACAGGACCCAGCCACGGCCUGGAGAACUUACUUUGGAAUUUCUAUCUGGAAAACUUUAGACCUGAGGCUCCCUUCCUCCCCUAGGCUGUGAUUUUCCAGAUAGAGACCUGAGGAAGCCACUGGUCCCAACAUACUUUCAAUGGCUUCUUCAUCCUCUCAUGUGGAUCAUGUGGGAUGUCUGUAGCUUGAAGUUUGGUCUCUAGAAGAUGGGUUUCAAGGCACAUUGUGUAAGCAGCUUGGUACUUUCUUAGCCUCCUCAUGUCUAGAAAAAUCUGGUCAGCAUCAGCUCCUCACUGCUUUUGGGAGUCGUGGUUCAGAUUUCUCGAACUGGAGUGAAUUGCCAGCACACUGGAGUUUGUGAAGCAGGAUCCAGCACAGAACAGCAUUGGACAGGCAGUCUCUUUCCUCUACAAGGUAUUGGCCCUAGAAUUCUGCAGCUCAUCCAGCUUCAGGUCAAAAAAGACCCAGAUGCCUCUGAUUUUUGAGACUUCAAAGGUAGUAAAUAAAGACAUGCCAGAAGAUGACUGUGGGAAAAAAACCUUUGUAUUUGAACUGUUUGCCUUAAUAAAUUUAAAACAUGCA